AUCGCACUUCUUGCCAUACUUGCGUGAUAUUCGAUAACUUCCCUCAAGAUGUCUCCCCGGUACGACGACCCCUACAAUGACCCUUAUUCCCACCAAGAGCGACAGUACGCUUCCGACGCCAGCUUCGCUGAUGCUCGUGCCCAGUAUGGCCAGUCAUACGCUUAUCAUGAUGCUAAUCCGUACGAAGCGGAACUACAAUACCCCUCAUACCCUACAGACCCUUCAUCCGGAGAGUAUUUAAAUGACUCUAGCACGGAAAAGGUCCCAGGAAACGUUCGAUAUGAAAGCACUGAGAGAGCUCAACCCGGUCGUUCUGGGUUACGCAGACCAGCAACCUCUUUUGCUGGGCUCGGACCCCCGCCCAGAAGCACCGGCAUUCUUCGAGUCUGGAGAAAGGACGAAAGAGGUAAACAGUGGUCGAGAGGAGGUGGUAUUAGAACGUCGUUGCGGUUCUGCUGCUGCUGCGUGACAAUUGCGAUUUUAGUGAUCGUCAGCAUUAUUUUGGCCAUUUUGCUGUACGUUCGACCGCCUAGCGUGGCCCUUAACAGUGUUACUGUCGGGUCAGAUCCUGUAUCUUUAACUUCCGAUGGUCUGACUGUCAGCUUCGAUCUGAGCAUCAGUGUUUCCAACCCAAAUUGGUUCGAUGCCAACUUUAAAGAGAUCACCGCUACAGCUCGCUAUCCGGGCAACAAUACGAACACUUUUGGUGGCGGCACGUUGUACAACCUUGACUUCAAGGGCUACACACAAUCGACCUUCAAUUUCCCCUUUACGCUCAAUUACACGCUCGCCAAAGACCCUAACAAGGUAAUUUUGAACGACCUCAUCGAAAAAUGUGGCAUUUCCGGUGGUUCCGCACAGGAUAUCACUGUUGAUUAUGACUUGAAUUUGAAGCUCAAGAUCCUGGGUAUUACUAUCGAUCCUACCGUCAGUAAUAGCGCUAGCUUUGAAUGCCCCAUCACUGCUAGCGAUAUAGAAUCGAUCAUUGGAAGCAGCAGUUGAGAGAUACUCGGCGUCAAUUUGUGUUGCAUACGAGAUGCAUACACCUGAUAAUUCCAAUGCGGUGUAAAAUAAAACUCAAACCGAUUUCCGUUUACGCUCCGCUUCCAAAGCCAUCUCUUUGAGGUUCUUGAACUCUGUCCGGCCAGUAGCCUUGCACAGCUAUGUAGAGCAUAAUAUACGUCAGCUCAAUCUCAUAGUAGCAGCACAACCAAACUGAUGUAAAACCUUACACUAUAAAACCUAGACUUGUGGUCCCGUAAAAGAUCCGCUGGGCUGGCGAAUUCAGCAAUGUUACCUCGAUCCAUGACUGGUAAUAUCUAUCAGUAUUAGAAUCCGCCGUCAUCCGCGUCACUUUACAUACCUAAUACUUUGUCAAAAUCGAUCUGUAGAUAGAUAUCGGUCAGACUUUCAAAUUUUUGCUGGCCUGAGGGAAAUAGGGGCAACCCGCGUUACUUACUAUGGUAUGAAUGCGAUGAGCGAUUGUCACGAUGGUCGAAUCCGAAAACUCUUCUCUGAUUGUCUUAGAGACUAAUGUAUCACAUUAGGAC